AUGGCGAGGCGCAACGCAGAGUUUAUCGUGAGAUUUUCAACAGCGUACCCGUUCAGGCUCCCAGAGGAUUCCAUGGUUUGUGUGUAUUGCUGCGAUAGCUAUAGCGAUCCCGCUAUGUAUAGGCGUCAUAUGGAAGAGGAGCAUCAGAAUUUCAAUGUCCGAAUGGCGUUCGUUCAUUGUAGCGAAGGCUACAUCAAAGUGGAUUGCACGGAACUCCGCUGUAGACUCUGCUCUGAACCAUUCGAUGCGCUAGAAGAUGUCGCCCAGCACUUGUUCCAUAAACAUGAACAACCUUUAAAUCUCUCGUUCGAACUUGGCAUGCAACCAUUUAAAUUGGAAAAGGAUAAAUUGAUUUGCGCCAUAUGCCGUGCCAAAUCCCUAUGCUUAAGACAGCUAAGCAGACAUACGCAGACUCAUUUCUUAAAAUAUACAUGUGAGGCGUGCGGAAAAUCCUAUGCCACAAUGACUCCUCUGAAGCAUCACAUAACUUACUCACAUACGGGUCAGGAAAGGAUAUGUAGGAAGUGUAAAAAGACAUUUAGUUCCUUAACUGAGAAACGCCAGCAUUUACAGGACUCAAAGUCCUGCUGGUCGCAUUUGUGCAACGUUUGUGGCGAAAGAUUUCUCAGUUGGACCAUAAAACAAGCACAUCUAACAGAGGUACACGGCGCUCCAAAGAGGACAUACGUUUGCCCCGAAUGUUUGGAGGUUUUCCCAGAUAGAAAAAAAUUUCGUGUCCAUUUUAAAAUUUUACACACAGAUGACAAUUUUGUUUGUACAUGUUGUGGUCUUAAGUUCGAUACUAAGAGAAAUUUAGAGAAUCACAGAGUCGUCCAUACGAAAGAGAAAUUAUUCCCUUGUCCAGUUUGUUCGAAAUCGUUUCCAAGAAAGAAGAAUUUAGUUCAACAUAUGUGGAUUCACAGCGAGCUGAAGAGAUUUAGCUGUACAUUGUGCAAUAAACAGUUCAAUCAGAGAGUCAGUUGGAAAACACAUAUGAAAUAUUACCAUCCAGAUUUAGUUAAUUAUGACGGAAUGCAGAACAAUAAUGCGAAAAUGGUGCUAACUGCUUUAAGAAAUGAUGAAUAA